UUAGUAGUACUUUUGUCGACUUACUGUUUAGUUGUUCCUUCAUGUUUUUCGGAAUUUAGUUUUUUUUUGUUUUGUUGUAAGUGAAAUUUGUAGUUAUAAUGGCGGAUCAAAAGAAACCGGCCUCGUUUAAUGUACUUCCCAAGAUCAUCAAUGGCGGGAUCGCUGGCAUCAUUGGAGUCACCUGUGUGUUCCCCAUGGAUUUGGUGAAGACCCGUUUGCAGAAUCAGCAGCUGGGACCCAAUGGCGAGAAGAUGUACAGUAGCAUCAUUGAUUGUUUUCGCAAGACCAUCGCACAAGAUGGAUUCUUUGGCAUGUACAGGGGAUCCGCAGUAAACAUCCUAUUGGUAACGCCGGAAAAGGCCAUCAAGUUGGCGGCCAAUGAUUAUUUUCGCUUUCAACUGGCCACGCCAGAGGGUAAGCUGCCGUUGCAUAUGGCGGGUAUAGCCGGUGGCUUGGCUGGGCUGUUUCAGAUUAUUGUCACAACACCCAUGGAGCUGCUCAAGAUCCAGAUGCAGGACGCGGGACGCAUUGCUAGCGCAGAGCGUGCCGCCGGCAGGGAGGUGCAAAAAAUGACAGCCCUGGGCGUGGCCAAACAGCUGGUCAAAGAGCAUGGCAUAUUUGGUCUGUACAAGGGUGUGAAGGCCACUGGGGUGCGGGAUGUGUUGUUUUCGGUGAUCUACUUCCCAAUGAUGGCUACCAUCAAUGAUGCUGGGCCCCGCAAGGCGGAUACCUCUGGUGAAGCGGUCUUCUAUUGGUCUCUGAUCGCCGGUCUGUCUGCUGGCAUGGUGUCUGCGCUACUGGUCACGCCCUUUGACGUGAUCAAGACCCGUCUGCAGGCUAUCAAGAAGAUCGAAGGCGAGAAGGAGUUCGAUGGCUUCUUUGACUGCUUCAGCAAGACUCUAAAGCAUGAGGGUCCCACGGCCUUCUUCAAGGGCGGUAUUUGCCGUAUUAUGGUUCUUGCCCCGAUGUUUGGCAUCGCCCAAAUGGUGUACUUUACCGGCGUGGGCGAGAGGAUCCUGGGCAUUGAAAGGAAGAAGUCCGUUUAGUGUUAGUGUAGUCAGUGUAUGAAUAAAUUGUAUGUGUAUUUUGUGUAA